GGGGCAACACACUCAACACUAUGACACCGCAAAACACGCCCAAAGUUUUGAGGAAAAGGGGAUUUUCCCUCUUUAAUCUCUAUAUGAUCACGUCUGUAAUUCUACCAGACCACAAAUCAACUCGAUAAUGGCGUCAUUUUGUUCAAAGUUGUUGAGUUGGUUCCACAUUGGUUUGAUACUUGGUGGCUUCUGUUCUGCUGGCGACCCAUUUGUGAAUUACGAACUCGAGUUCUCUUACAUCACUGCUUCUCCACUUGGUGUUCCCCAGCAGGUCAUAGCAGUGAACGGGGAGUUUCCAGGUCCAACCCUAAAUGUUACUACCAAUUACAAUGUCGUCGUCAACGUCAAGAACAAAUUAGACGAAAGCCUCCUCAUUACAUGGCCUGGAAUAGAAAUGCGUCGAUCUUCUUGGCAAGAUGGAGUUCUGGGCACCAAUUGCCCCAUUCCUCCAAAUUGGAACUGGACAUACCGAUUUCAAGUCAAGGAUCAAAUCGGUAGCUACUAUUAUGCUCCUAGUACUCAUUUCCAAACAGCAGCAGGUGGAUUCGGUGGUUUUGUUAUCACAAAUCGCAAAAUUAUACAACUCCCUUUCAAUACCCCCGAUGGAGAUAUUAUCAUCACCAUUGGUGAUUGGUACACCAGAAACCACUCGGCACUCAGAGCUACUCUUGAUGCUGGAAAAAACCUUGGUAUCCCAGAUGGAGUCCUCAUCAAUGGAAACGGACCUUUUAAAUACAAUUCCACUGUUCCCGAUGGCAUUAACCACACCACAAUUAAUGUCGAUCAAGGUAAAACUUAUCGAAUUCGUGUAAUCAAUGUUGGAGUCUCGACUUGUUUGAAUUUUCGAAUCCAAAGCCAUAAUUUGGUACUAGCGGAAACCGAGGGACAUUAUACAACCCAACAAAACUAUAGCAGUUUCGAUGUUUAUGUGGGACAAUCUUACUCUUUUCUGGUCACCAUGGAUCAAAACGCAACCACUGAUUACUACAUCGUUGCAAGUGCCAGAUUUGUAAAUCAAUCAAACUGGCAACGAGUUACAGGAGUCGCUAUUUUGCAUUAUUCAAAUUCUAAAGGCCAAGCAUCCGGCCCUCUACCCAAUCCUCCAAACGAAGAUUCUGAGUAUUCAUUCGCGUUAAAUCAAGCACUUUCCAUCAGGAUGAAUAAUACGGCUAGUGGGGCCCGGCCAAACCCGCAGGGUUCGUUUCAUUACGGGUCGAUUAAUGUGACGGAUACGUAUAUGUUAAGAAGUGUUGAACCGAUGAUGAUUGAUGGGAAAAUUCGUGCUUCUUUUAAUGGGAUUUCGUUUGGGAAUCUUGAUACACCGGUGAGGCUUGCAGAUGAUCAUCAUGUGAAGGGUGUUUACAAACUUGAUUUUCCGAAAAUACCCUUAAACGGACCUCCACGGGUGGGAAGAUCCAUCAUCAAUGCUACGUAUAAAGGGUUUGUGGAAAUCAUAUUGGAGAACAAUGAUACUGUAGUUCAGAGCUUUCAUAUGGAUGGGUUUUCGUUUUUUGUUGUCGGAAUGGCUUAUGGGAAUUGGACAGAAAACAGCAGGGGUUCUUAUAAUCGAUGGGAUGCUAUUUCACGCUCUACAAUCCAGGUUUUUCCGGGAGGAUGGACUGCAAUAUAUGUUUAUCUUGAUAAUGUGGGAGCUUGGAAUCUUAGAACAAUGAAUCUUGAUAGAUGGUAUUUAGGUCAAGAAACUUAUAUCAGAAUCAUAAAUCCAGAAGAUCAUCACCAGAAAACCGAAUUACCUGUGCCUGAUAAUGCAUUGUUUUGUGGUGAUCUUGGACACUUACAAAAGCCUCAGAGAACAUUGUCUACGGCAGGAUCAAACAUCCAAGAACCAGCAAAGUCAACUUUUUUGUUGUUGAUCAUGGGAUUUUCAGCUGUUGUUUAUAUGAUUAUAUGAUUUAAGAAUGUUUAGGAUUUGUUCAAAAGAUAGAUUUUUCAGGUUAUUAGAAUCGUAGUGGUACUGAAGUAGUUGCAUGAAAGGUGCUCUUAUUUCUUUAUUUGUUUGAAUGCUAUAUUAGUGGGAUGAAAAUGUUUUUUAUUGACA